CGUCACUUUUCAAUAUUCAAAUAUUCGAUUUCACCUCAUUGACUAGGGGUCGCCCUGAUCGGCGGAGGGACACCGAUCUUUGACAGUUCUCCAGUUUCCGUGUAGAGUUCUUUUCGGUUUACUUUCGUGAAGUAAAAAGACGUCAAAAUGUCGUUGGUGAUCCCAGACAAGUUUCAACACAUUCUCCGUAUCAUGGGUACGAAUAUCGAUGGUAAACGCAAGGUGCCAAUCGCCAUGACAGCCAUCAAGGGUGUCGGUCGCCGCUACGCCAACAUCGUCCUCAAGAAGGCUGAUGUCGACUUGACCAAGCGCGCUGGUGAGUGCACCGAGGAGGAGGUCGAGAAAAUCGUCACAAUCAUCCUGAACCCACGUCAGUACAAGAUCCCCAACUGGUUCUUGAACAGACAAAAGGACAUCAUCGAUGGCAAGUACACACAGCUCACCUCAUCCAACUUGGACUCAAAGCUCCGUGAGGAUUUGGAACGAUUGAAGAAGAUCCGCGCCCAUAGGGGUAUGCGCCACUACUGGGGUCUCCGUGUCCGUGGUCAACACACGAAAACAACCGGCCGUCGUGGUCGCACUGUUGGUGUGUCCAAGAAGAAGUAAAAUGCGUCCUUUGUCGAGCACAAUGUCGCGUUGGUGGAUUUAUUAAUUUUAAUAAAAUAAAGAGGAAAAGUGAAAA